AUUGGUUCACUGGAUUAUCUGUAUCCGUUCUGAAUUUUCUGUGUUCUUAGUGACUUUGUGUUACAUGUUCUUCGAUUCUGGUUUUACGACGCUCAAUUAAGAACCGCUCUAAUGUACGAAACAAACUAUCGAUACACGUGCGAGAGCUGCCUUCCCCUGGCACCCUUCCCUAUUAAGUGUCUUUUCCAGAGCUUUUUAUGGUCUUUCCGUCCUGAUUUCUACGUGCAUGCAUGCACUGCGAAUACGAUGAAACUUGCAAGUUGGUUAUUGACUCAAAACAGGUGACAUUAAUUGCUGGCUUGGACGAGGGUGGCAAAGGUCUUGGACGUUCAGGGGCCCAAUAAAACCAAAGUAUACGAUGAUCGAUUUAUUUUUAUUCUUUUAUCCUUUAACCUCGAUAUUGAUUUUUUUAUUUUCACAUGACGACGUGUAUCUUUUUUAUAUCACCCGUGGACCCCAUGGACUCCCAGUGAAACCUUCACAAUGGUCGCCGGACAAGCGGGAUAGCAUUCCGCGGGAAGCUGCGGGACGGGAUUACAACAUCUUUGAUUACCAGUCCGCCUCUGCUUGCCCUUUUCGUGUGGGUUUGAAAUGUGUUCUCAAAAUUAGCAGUGACGACCAGCGAUACUUUGCAGUUAAGUUACGUUGCCUCACUUCCUCAUUUUAACCCACAUUAACCACCAAGUGUUGGCAAUGGAAUACAGAAGGUGAACUGUAUAUCAAAAAGUCGAAAGUCAACACAUACUACGUUUUUGGCGCCUUUUGCUGUAUUCGUGGGAUUCUUGCAGCUUGUUCGUGAAACUCCACCGUACGCUACAAGACGAGUGAUUAUAAACUUUUGAUAGAGAACCCAAGACUUGGUGGAAACCUCUUAACAUUUAACAUCGUAUCUCAGUGAAUACCUGGUGAACAAGAAAUAUGAGCUACCCACCACCGCCAGGAGGCUUUCCAAUGUAUGGGGGCCCUCCUAUGCCAGGAGGAGGAGGAGGAAGCCAAUAUCCAGCACCUCCGGGCCCUCCUGGAGGUCCAGCCUUAGGAUUUGAUAACUUAACUAACCAGCCCCCAGUGGGUACCCCUGGGUAUCCACAUGGUGGCCCAUCUAUGCCCAUGCCAACUCCUGGAGGACCUGCUAUGUAUCCUGGGAUGUCAAGUCAAAUGCCGCCGGCAAUGCCAUCAGGUAUGCCCAUGCCUAACCCUAAUAUUGGCAUGCCGCCGCCAAACCCAGGUGGUUUAUAUGGUGCUGCACCUUCCAUGCCAAAGCCUGGUGGAGGGUAUCCUGGGAGUUUAUCAUUUGGAGCUGCGGCCAUGGCCACUGCCUCAUUUCCAGCCCACUACAACAGAAGUCAAGUUGGUCCACCUCAGCCUCAGCCUAAUUUGCCCAUGGGCCCACCCCCAAGUUUCCCUCCUUCGGCACACAUGCCAAGUAUGCCGAGUGCACCCCCUCCUGCUGCUACAGGUGCUUCAACAACAGUGUCAUCAUACUCAUCAUCAUCAUCACACUCAUCAUCAUACUCCUCUCACUCUUCAUCUACUGCGAGUUCCAGCUCAAGCCAAAAGCAAUCAACAAGACGAGCUUCUAUCAAGCAGCAUGGAAAAUUUGAUGCACAGAAAGAUGCUGAACUGUUAAGAAAUGCAAUGAAAGGAUUAGGUUGUGAUUCCAAAGCCAUCAUUAAUCUGCUGUGUGCAAGAACAAAUGCCCAGAGACUGAAGAUUGAAUUAGAAUACAAGACAAUGUAUGGCAGGGAUCUUUUGAAGGAUCUCAAGUAUGAACUUGGUGGCCAUUUUGAGGACAUAGUCGUUGCUCUAAUGAUGUCUGCAGCAGACUAUGAUGCAACGUCACUUAGAAAAGCGAUUAAGGGUCUCGGCACAGACGAAGGCGUGUUAAUCGAAAUAUUGUGUACAAGGACCAAUGCAGAAAUCAAUGCAAUCAAGCAGUCAUACCAAAAGCUGUUCAGCCGAGACCUGGAGAAGGACAUUUCAGGAGACACCUCAGGCCAUUUUAAGAAAUUUCUCAUUUCUCUUCUUCAGGCUUACAGGGACGAAAGCCACACAGUGGACUUGGCUAAGGCUGAAGCAGAUGCAAAGAUCUUGUAUAAAGCAGGAGAAGGCAGAUGGGGUACAGACGAAUCAAAGUUCAACAGCAUCCUUGUGUCACGAAGCUUCUCUCAGUUAAAAGCAACUUUUGAUGAGUAUUCUAAGAUAAGUAAAUAUGACAUUGAAGACUCAAUCAAGAGAGAGAUGUCAGGAGACCUGCGAGAUGGAAUGGCUUCUAUAGUUCAAAUUGUAAGAAAUGCGCCAGCAUUCUUUGCUGUGAAGCUGUAUAAGAGUAUGAAGGUAAGAGAGACGUUCGAUGUCACAUCCGUCCUUGUAUUUUACGGGGUUUUCGUGAACUGGAUCAGAGUGGCGUCGUGGCAAUUCGCAGAAUGGAUAUCAGGUGAUUUGCACCAUUGGAAGAUUAAGGGGCAGAGCGACGGAAAAUGUUUCAUUGGUAAUUCUUGCCAACAUGUAUCGUCUGUUGCUAGUGAUCCUGUUACCUCCAAACUUGAAAUAAAUUGAUUCAAGAUAAAAUGUCAGGCUACAUAACAACAAACGUUAGGUCGUAUCUCUUCUGAGAACAUUACCAGCUUCGCUUGAUUGUUGUCAGCUUCCAUUUACGCUUGUUUUGUUCUUGGUUUGUUUGUGUGGUUUUUUUUGUUUUUUUUUUUUGUCGUA